UCCGGCGCCUUCCGGGCGUUGAUUCAGUGGCGGGAAAAGCGGCUCCUUCUUGGGUAGCGGCUGCCAGUGCUGUCUGGUGGCCCUUCGAGCCGAGGAUGGAGAAGCAAUCCGAAGAGCAAGCCGCCGCCGAGCCCGCGGACUCCGGAGGGGAAGGCGGGCCGCCGCAGGUCGCCGGCGCCCAGGCGGCGCGUCCCGAGGACCGCAUGACCCUGUUGCUCAGACUAAGAGCACAGACAAAACAACAGCUCUUAGAAUAUAAUUCAAUGGUUGAUGCAAAUGAAGAAAGAACUCCAGAACAAAUCAUACAAGAAAAGCAAAUUGAAGCUAAAAUUGAAGAACUGGAAAAGGAAAUUGAAGAGGUGAAAGUUGCUUUUGAAAUGAAAAAGCUUGCAUUAGACAGGAUGCAACUUUCAACUGCACUUAAAAAAAACCUGGAGAAAAUGGACAUCAAGACUAGUGCACUCAUGGAUAACAUGAAACAGAUAUUAAAUCUCAAUAAAUUAAUAAUGAAAUUACAGCAGGAAACUUGGGAUUUGGAGGAAAAAUUGCUUGAUGUUAGAAAGAAGAGAUUGCAGUUAAAACAAGCUUCAGAAAGUAAGCUUUUGGAAAUACAGACUGAAAAGAACAAACAGAAAGGUGAUUUGGACAGUAUGGAAAAUUCAGACAAGAUAAAGAACAUACAACAAAACCUGCAGAAGGAGAUACAGAUUACUACAGUUAUUCAACAUGUGUUCCAGAACCUCAUUUUGGGGAGUAAAGUCAACUGGGCAGAGGAUUCUGCCCUUAAGGAAAUGGUUCUGCAGCUUGAGAAGAAUCUCACCAUGAUCCAAUAACAAUUCUGUUCGGGCAUUUUUUCUGUCUCUGAUGUCAUUUAAAUUGCAAAUUUCAAGUGACAUGUUUUUUCAGUCUUCAGUUUGGAACUGCUCUAAUACUGCAAUUUUAUUUUAGCUUGAGUUAACAUUGUAUUGCAACAUGGAAUAUAUUGCUUUAAAUUUUACUACAGAGACUGGCAUAUUCUAAAAGAAUCCAGAAAUCUCAGCCUUGGAAGGGCUCCAAAAGAUAUCUACUCCAGCUUUCCACUGAAUGUGGACAUUUCUUCUAUAAUAUUCCUGGAAGUCCUAACUCUCAUUUGGAAUUCUUCUAUGUAUUUGUUUGUUAACCAAAAUAUUGGAAAGUUAGAAAAGCCUAUCCACAUAUUUACUUCUUUUCCACUGUCAUUGUAUUUUAUCAGAUAAAUUUCAUUUUAGUUCUAACCACAGAUUUUUUUUUGCCUUUUUUUGAGACAUAAUUGAUACAUAACAUGUGUAAAGUUAAGAUGUACAACAUGUUGAUUUGACCACCAUGGUAUUAGCUAACAUCUCCACAUGUCACAUAAUUAUCAUUUAUUUAUCCUGAUGAAAGCAUUUAAGAUUAGUCUUUUAGUAACUUUGAAGUAUGUAAUGCAAUAUUGUUAACUAGAAUCACAAUGCUGUGCAUUAAAUCUCCAACAUUUAUUCAUCUUCUAACUGUAAGUUUGUACCCUUUGACCACCAUUUCCCUAGUUCUUCCACUCCCCAUCCACAUCUUCAAACAGAGACCCAAAUAAAACAUGACCCAAAUCAACCAUGAAAAAGAAGGAAAAAGAAAAACAUAUUCAAAACGUUAACAGUGUGGUUAUUGUAGAGGAGUUAUGACUUUUUUCUUCUAUAUUUCCAUGUUUAUCAUGCAUUACUUUUUAUAAGUUUAAAAAUAAAAAAGAAUGUUAUUGUCUUAUUGAAAAAAUAGAACUUGCCACCUUUUAUAGGAUCCAGUUCCAUUUUUGGAAAACUCUAAUUUGAGCUCUAUUAAUUUGGUGCUAUUGAUCAUUUUCAUAGACAAUGUAAUAUUUUCAACAUUCUUUUAAGAAGGACUUUAAACUUGAAAAGAUGCACCGCAGUGGAUAAGCAUUUGAAAUCUGUUCUUUAGAUCAAAAACAGAAAUACAGAGAUUUGCCUGAAUUUUAAUUCUAAGCAUCUUUCUUUGGAAUAUUUAUAGUUUUGUUUCAUUUGUUUUGAUAAACUAUAAUUUAUGUGUAGUUUUUUGUUUUAUGUAUAGUUAUUCUUUUUGCCACACUAUAUUCUUGGAAAUUGUCUACAUAAAUUGUAAAACAAGCUAUAUUUUUCUUACAAAAAAAAUUCUGGAAAAUACCUUCCUGAUCCAAAGUACAGCAUUAAAUAAAUCAUAGAUGCAUAC